AUGCAGGACGUGUACGCUCCCAAGUACAGUGGGAAGUCGCCACCGCGGUGGGAGCGUGGUGGUGCGGCGUCACCGGCACCGAUGGGCGCGCCUGGGCAGCUGUAUCGCAAGCCCAAGGAUGACGCGCCGGAGUACGACCCACUCUUGUGGAGCAACACUGACACCUCCUACAUCGCCACACUGGCCACACACGCCAUGAAGUAUCAGCCUCCCUCCCCAUCCCAGCAAGGCGGGCCGCGGCAGCGAGAGGCAACAGCGUCUAAACCGCCACUCGAGUCUUUUCUAUCCUCUUCGUGGAACACCACGCCGCAGGAAGGUGCCCCAGCGCGGCCCCACAAGUUCCACUCCGUGUAUCACCGCGGCCCCACCACGUGGCCUGGCCGCCUGCUCCAGUUCUUCGCGCCGCAGCUCUACGCACGAUGGCAGGGUAAUGUGAGCGCGCCUGAUGUGCGUCAGCUUUCUACCAAGGAGCUCAUCAGCCUAAUGCAGCUCGCCUUGUCUGCUGGCGAAGUGGAUCAGUCAGCGAUGCUAGCGCGAGAGCUUUCGCGCCGGAAGCUGGCUCUGCAGAUGGAAGUGUCCCCCCAGCAGGCCGCUGAACACGGUGCUGUGGGGUCGAUGCACAGAAGCCCAGCACCGCCCAACCCUUACUCAUCUCCAACGCGUUCUACACCGUAUCCACUGGCGAGCGCUGGUGGGAACUUCAGCGGCGGUAGCGGUGUUCUGUCUACUCUGCAUCCUAGUGGUGCGCACGGUCCGUCGCCUGGCAGUGCCCCGUGGCAGCGUGACCAAAGUACAACGACCUUCGACUCCAACCGCGUCGCUAAUCGAACUGGCCUCAGCAGUCUUAACGUGUCCUCUGUUUGGGCGAGCGACUCGCCUUCUCAGCCCUUUGAGUGCGCCCCUCCCGCGAGCGAAGCUGGGGCGCGGCAGGGCACCCUUUACGAGCCAGGCAGCAGCGGCUCCUGGACACGAAGCGCCCAUUGGCGCUAG